AUGUUUUCAGUUAAACAUUUCGUUUUUAUUUGUUUUAUUACUGUUGCAUAUGGAGCUUUUGGCGGUACGAUUGGACGAACUCAAUCAAUUGCUGUCAAAGGAGCAUUGACAUGUGACGGGAAACCGGCGAGUGGUGUUCUUGUGAAACUCUUCGAUGAUGAUCGAGGCCUUGAUUCUGAUGAUUUUCUCGGCUCAACAAAGACGGAUUUCAAAGGAGAGUUUAUCGUCUCUGGACACACCGCUGAAAUCACGACAAUUGAUCCAAAAAUCAAUAUUUAUCAUGAUUGCAAUGAUGGAGCAAAGCCAUGUCAACGCAAAUUCACGAUUGGAAUCCCGGAUAAAUACGUCUCAUCGGGGAAGACGCCGACAAAAACAUAUAAUGCUGGGAUUCUCGAGUUGGCUGGAAGAUUUCGAAAUGAGCAACGCGAUUGUAUACAU